UUCCCUGUUUUGAGGAGCGAUAAUGGCCUCCACCCGCCCCAGCCCUUAUCCGCGGCCCCAGGCCCUGCGGAUCGCGAGCCGGAGGAGCGAGCACUGAAGCUCUCCAACCCUGACGUAGUCGCGGGUGCGUCGCGGAUCAGCCUGGCUGGGGCCCCCGUGCGGCAAACGGAUGCAGUGACUGGAGCCGAAGGGCUGCGUAGCGCGUGCGUACAAGGGCGAAGCGGGAAGUUUGAAACUGGCAGACUGAGCCGCGGGGCUAAAGGACCGCGCGGGCAUGGGUGAGGCUGCGGGCCUGGCACGACAGCUGCGGACGGCGCUGCGGAAGGAAGAACCGCGGGCCGUGGAGGAUCUGUUGCGCCGCGGCGCCGACCCCAACCUGGUGCUCGCGGAUGGCGUGGCUGCUGUGCACCUAGCGGCCGGAGCCCGGCACCCACACGCUCUGCGAUGUCUCGAGGCCCUGCUACGAGGAGGCGGGGACCCAAACGCUCGAUCGGUGGAAGCGCUGACACCGCUGCACGUGGCCGCCGCCUGGGGCUGUCUCCGCGGCUUGGAGCUACUGCUGAGGCAGGGAGCCGACCCGGCAUUGCGCGAUCAGGACGGACUCCUGCCGCUGGACCUGGCGGAUCUGGAGGGACACCAGGACUGUGCACGCGUCCUGAGGGAGCACCAGACGCUGACCAGGACCCCUACCCGAACCCGGGCAGAAACCCAGGAGCCGGAGCCCGGCGGCCCAAGCCCCAGGGGAAGGGGGCUGGAUGCCAGCCCCUCUGGACCUCUUGAUGUGACGCUGGACUCCACAGCACUGGGCAGACGUGAUGGCAGGGACAUGGACCUGGUGGCUGGCCCGGGAUCCCCCAGCCUUUUUGCCCACCCUGAGGUUGCUGACAAGGGUGGCAGCUUGAGUCCUCCUCCAGGGCAUUGUAACUAUAGCUCAGAUGCCUCCUUUGUCACGACAGUUGAGGCCUCUGGAGCCGAGGACCCAGUCCCCCAUACUUCCCCCUGGGCUGGGUCAUUGUCCCAGACCAGGCAGCGACUCCUGCCUAGGGUCCGACCAUCCCAGAGGGUGCCAAAGUCUCCUGGCACCUCACACCUGGUGCAUGGAGACGUCAUGGCAGGCAAGGUGGCUGAACUAAAUGCCCAUCUACAGUCCCUGACUCUGUCCUUGCCACAUGCCUCCACCUCUCUCACAUACCAACCAGAUGCAAGCCCAGCCCACAGCCCCCCUCGGGAACCACCGCCUGGACCCUCUGACUUCCACUUCCUAACUGAUGACCAGUGGUCCCUCGACAGUGAUGUGGCCGCCCUCUGGCUAACAGAGGAUGAGGAGAGCUCCACAGGUGUCAGGAAACCUGUUCCCUCUUGCUGGUGCCUGCCGGUCCCUGCCAUGUCUGAUCUGGAGCUGCUGCAAGGGCUUCGGGCACUUGGUGAGAGCCCAGGCCCCAUCACACCCUUCACCCGGCCACACUACCUCCGCCGGCUAGAAGAAGCCCACAUUGCUUCCGGCCCAGGCUUUUCAGGGCACAGCCCAGAGCUGGUUGAAGCCCUGAAGACAGGCCGAAUCCCAGAUGCCCAGGCAGAUGAGGAUGCACUUGCUCAGCAGUUUGAGCGGCCGGAUCCCAACAGAAGGUGGCGGGAGGGGGUCGUGAAGUCCAGCUUCACAUAUCUGCUGCUGGACCCCAGGGAGACUCAGGACCUGCCAGCCCGAGCCUUCUCACUGACCCUAACUGAAUGCCUUCGGACUUUUGUUCAUGCCAUCUUCUAUGUAGGCAAGGGGACGCGGGCCCGGCCAAAUGUCCAUCUCUGGGAGGCCCUUGGCUACUGUGGGCGGCCAGGAAAACAGGCCUGCCCCAAGGUGCGCCAGAUCUUGGACAUUUGGGCCAGCGGUCACGGCGUUGUUUCCCUGCAUUGCUUCCAGCAUGUUGUCGCUGUGGAGGCUUACACUCGAGAGGCGUGUCUUGUGGAUGCUCUAGGGAUCCGGACGCUGACCAACCAGAAACAAGGACACUACUAUGGAGUGGUAGCAAGCUGGCCACCUGCCCGGCGCCGCCGCUUGGGGGUGCAUUUGCUGCACCGCGCCCUCCUUGUCUUUCUGGCUGAGGGUGAGCGACAGUUGCGACCCCAGGACAUCCAGGCCCACGGCUGAGCCCUUGGGAAUUGCCCAUCCAGCCUGGGUAGAGAUCAGGGUGUUUGAAUGUUCCACCUGCCCCAUGCUGAGAGCAGCCCUCCAUCUCUAGCUCUAAAAGGCUGGUGGAGGGGGCAGCAGGACAGAUCUCCCCCUCAGACUAAGGGAGGACUUUGUUACAGAUGGAACUGCUGGAGAGGUAGUGAGCUCCCCGUCACGGGAGGAGAACAAGUAGACCAGAAGAUUCUUUGGAACAUUUGGUGCUUUGGAACAUACCAGUGCUUUCACAGUUUGGUCCUGUCUGUGUGGACAGAGUCCACUUUUAUCUCCCAGACAAAGGGGACCUACAUUGUGGACUGGGGGCUUUCUUAGCCACAUGAAGGGAAUCUGCCCAGCUCAAGAGCCAGGUUCUACUGCUGGCUAGCUGUGGUACCUCAAACCAGUAAUCUCUCUGUCAGAGCCUCAGCUUCCUCAGUUGUACCAUGGGGACAUUGAGAGGUCCUACUUCAGGUGUCAUUGUGGGGAUCUGAUUAAAUGAAGUCAUUAGGGUGUGGCUCAGAGCUGUGCACUGAGCCAGAGGUGGUCCAGGUGGGAAGUUUCCCUGGGGAGGGAGGUGCCCUGAUGUUCUCUAAGGGCUGUGUGUGGUAACAGGAGGCCAGGGGAAGGAGGGUGUGCAGGGAGAGUGGGGGUGGAGUUGGGUGUGAGACGCCAGCCACCGGAUUACUGUGCAACGCAAGCUUUCUGGGGUUGAACCUGUUUCUUCUGCCAUAAAAUGAGUUCCAUAACCCCAAUUUCUGAUGAUGACCUGUGAUUUCAGACUAUUCACAUAUGCAGAGAGCUUGAGUAAAAUGCCAGGCUGCGGUGUUGGUGAGGUGUUGGCGGGAUCAUUUAAAUUUUCCAGAUGCUGCUUCUUCAAAGCUAUCAGUGGGUUGAGGCACUGCGGGAGUUCCGCUGACUCAUUGGGUUCACCACUUGCCAGUCUUUGCGACUCAGCCAACCAGAUCCUGCAGGGGGCGAGCUGUAACAUAGGCGGAGGUACCCCUGCCUCGGACCUCUACUGCGGUACCCUUGGCUCUCCCUGGGGAGAAAUGGCUUGUUUUGUAAUUAGUACCCGGCCUCUGGAGGGGGCCUGGUCUCUCCCACCUUAAUUGAACUGAAGAAACCUCUCUCUGAGCUGGGCAGCUUUACAGACACCAAGUCUCCUGACAAAGGGACAGCAAUUAACACAGUGUGCCACCUGCCCAGGAACUCACAAACAGGUUGCUGGGAAGGAACCCACAGACCCCCCAAAAGUCCCAAAAGAGAUGGGAUUUGUCUAACAGUUUCCCAACCUUAGCUCUACUGAUACUUGAGGCCAAAUUAUUUUUCGGGUGGGGACUGUCCUUUGCAUUCAUUGUAGGGUGUUCGGCUGCACCCCUGGGCUCCACCCACUAGAUGCUGGUGUCGCCCUCCCCCUCCCGGGUGUGACAAAACUGUCUCCAGAAUUUCCCAAGGGACAGCUGUGUCUCUGGUGAGAACCCCUGGACUAAACGAAAAGUGGGUCCACACACCAGUGGGGAAAGAACCCAAGAGGCAGCAACCAGGGGACAAUGGUCUCCUCCCACCGUCCACACAAACCACAGGUAUACCUAGAUAUAUACAUACAUCAGGAUAAAAUAUAGAGGACUAGGAGCAUGGCCGCGGGGAAGGGAAAUCCACCAGACAGAAAAAGAUUUGGUGCCUUCAAAAUGAAAAUCAUCUUUGUGACAAAAGCCACCCUAAAUCGAGUUGAAAGAUAAAAUGGUAUGGUAAGAAGCCCUGACUUGCUGUGUGCCUUGGGGUGAACAGGA